CGUAUGUACAUACACACAUACCUUGUACACUUUAUCUAUGUCAUACUCUCGUACACUCGUGUACUGUGUACAUUACAUCAUAUUGUGUGGAUGGUAGCACUCUGUGUCGUCAUCUGGCCGGCGGUAGUCUUCUGAAAACCACCCCAAAUAAACCAAUUUAUGCACUGUAUUUUCACAAUUGAAGUGGUUUGAUGUAAAGAGUGGAAAAGGAGGCUUUUAGAGUUAUUAGAACUUGGACAAAACUCUUUUGUUCUUCAUUAAAGACAUAACAGAGGAUGGCGCAGACGUACCAAGAGUACAUACAGCAGAAUGAGGAUCGAGAUGGCGUUCGAUUUAGCUGGAAUGUGUGGCCGUCUAGUCGCUUGGAAGCCACACGGAUGGUUGUUCCCCUUGCCGCAAUGUACACACCACUGAAGGAGAGACCAGACCUGCCCCCUGUGCAGUAUGAGCCGGUCCUGUGCACAAGAUCGACGUGUAGAGCUGUACUCAAUCCAUUCUGCCAAGUGGACUACAAUGCCAAACUAUGGACUUGUAACUUCUGUUUUCAGAGAAAUCAGUUCCCACCUCAGUACAAAGGCAUCUCUGAGCAGCAUCAACCAGCCGAGCUGAUCCCUGCCUUCUCGACCAUUGAAUACACUCUCAAUCGUGCCCCAACUUGCCCCCUGAUCUUCCUCCUAGUCAUCGACACCUGUAUGGACGAUGAGGAUCUGCAAGCCCUCAAGGAAUCUCUCCAGAUGUCCCUCAGCCUCCUGCCCCCGAAUGCCCUCAUCGGACUGAUCACGUUCGGCCGUAUGGUUCAAGUGCACGAGCUGGGAUGCGAAGGGUGCUCAAAGAGCUACGUGUUCCGCGGCACCAAAGAUCUCAAUGCUAAACAGAUCCAGGACAUGUUGGGAAUCGGUCGAUCCACAGCACAGCCCCAGAUGAGGGGUCAACAGCAACAGCAACCACAGCAGCCAAUGAACAGGUUUCUGCAACCCGUCCAUAAAUGCGACAUGAACCUGACUGACCUCCUCGGGGAGCUCCAACGGGAUCCAUGGCCAGUCAGUUCCGGAAAGCGCCCUCUACGCUCCACAGGAGUCGCACUUUCCAUCGCUGUUGGCCUACUCGAGUGUUCCUUCCCUAACACCGGCGGACGUAUCAUGUUGUUCAUCGGGGGUCCAGGCACACAGGGUCCCGGUAUGGUCGUUGGAGAUGAGUUGAAGUUACCCAUCAGGUCUCAUCAUGACAUCGAGAAAGACAACGCCAAGUACAUGAGGAAAGCAAUGAAGCACUAUGAAGGACUAGCUACAAGAGCGAGUAAUAACGGUCACACAAUCGAUGUGUACUCAUGUGCACUGGAUCAGACUGGGCUGCAUGAGAUGAAGCCAUGCUGUAACUACACUGGUGGUCACAUGGUCAUGGCUGAUUCCUUCAACACGUCGUUGUUCAAGCAGACAUUCCAGCGAGUCUUUGCUCGAGAUCAGAAGGGGGAGUUUCAGAUGGCAUUCGGUGCUGUCAUGGAAGUCAAGACAUCGCGUGAGCUGAAGGUAUCUGGCGCCAUCGGGCCCUGCAUAUCCACCAACGUGAAGGGACCUUGCGUAUCGGACACUGAGAUCGGCAUGGGAGGUACCACACAGUGGAGAUUCUGCGGCUUGUCACCCCAGUCAUCGGUGGCGCUGUUCUUCGAAGUCGUCAAUCAGCGCGGCCAGCUCACCAACAGUGCCCGUAUCGACCGCGCCACACACUCACCUGACUUGGCCCACUCACCGCCCCGCGAGAAACAAAGCCAACCAAUGGGGGCGGUGAAUGGGCUUAGUCCGGCGAGUCGAUGCGGGCGCUGUUGGCAUAGUAUUGCACAAGAGAUGGACAUCUGUGUAUCACAGUUUAUUGCACAAGAGAUACAAUAUACAUGCAAAAAAGGCAAUCAAGACCCCGAAAGAGCGAUCAAAGGGAGCUCGAAGAGAAAUAAGCUCCAGUGGGAACGCGAGGGCAAUCAGGAUCUGACCGUGCAAUUUUGA